UUGACUUUUCCUCAAGAACUCAUCGGUCUUAAGGAACAAUCUCAAACCAAAAGAAAAACUGAAAACGAAAACCAAGAUGAACAAUUCACCAAAAGUGGUGAUAAACAUAGUGGAAGUAGCAGAGAGGAUUGAAGUGGCCAAUGGAAUCUCUCUCAGUUACUAUUACAACCUUUCAGACAAUCUCAUCAAACAGGCUAACAUUUAUAGGCAACAAGAGAAUAACAUCAUCAAUCUCUAUAUUGAACUUCUUAUAUUUGCAAGUUUGAUCACUGAAACUAUACCUUACCAUAAAGACUACAAGUUUUCACUGAAAAAAGAAAAGCUUGAAACCAGAAAGAAACUGUUGAGUGUUCUUGAAGAACUGGAGAGAUUAAAGCCACAUGUGCAGCUGCUUGUUUCAGAAUUGAAGAGAAAUUCUGCAAAUCAUGUUACUUAUGGUCAGGUUCAUCAUGAUGUUUCUGCAGAAAUAAAUAGAAAUUCUACAAAUCAAGCUGUUGUUUCUGUUGGCCAACUUCACUGCCAUGAUUCCUCAAAUGAUAAAUUCCAACAGACUCAGAAAUUGUUGGAUGAGAUAGCAGAUAUGAUGGAGACACUAAAAAAAAAAAAUUCAGAAUCAAGCUCAAUUCAGGGGAACAUAUGAAUUUUUUUUUUAUUUAUCAUGAAAAUUUAAAUAUAUUUUAUUUGAUAGUAUUGGAAUUAUCUUAUAUGGUUACAUGUGGACGAUAAGGUAUUUAACUCAUGAGUGAGAGGUUAAAGAUUUGACUCCUUAAUGUAUAUUUGAAAUAAGUGAGUUGGCUUA